AUGAGUUCCCUGAAUGGAUUGGGGAAUGGCGGCCUGCUUAAUUCCUUUGAUGGUCUAUAUAAAGGCUUUCUUGGAGGCGGCUCUAAUGAAGAAUUGAAAAGGCACGUCGCCCAAAAUGGCCUUUCUCCAGAACAGUAUACCACUGUGUUGAAGGACCUCAGACACGGUCUACAAUGGACCAACGGGGCUUACGAUUUCCUUAAAACCACCGAGGAUUCUCCGAAACUUCCAUUCCUACAGUUGGCUGUUUUGGUCUAUGACCAAUUGACUGAAGAAGACAAGCUCGAUAUCCUCGUGCUUGUAUCCCAAUACUUGAAUCCAUGGGUUCCAUGGAGCAACGUCAAAUUGGCCACCGAGGCGGCAAAACUACAACCAGAAUACGAAAAACUAGCCCUUCCGUUUUUGGAAAAAAUUAGACCUUCCCUUCUAUCGAUCCCCAACGUAAAGGUCUCCCUGAGUGGAUACAGAAGAACAGGUCUAGGUGCCAGUGGUCUCCGUCCAUCGCUUGGAUUUUCGGGCAUUGGAAGUAGCAUAUUUGAGGAUGAUAAGCGGAAGGAGUGGAAAACGCUGCAAAACAUCACCGCCUUAUCUACUGUUUAUGGCUUUCUUGCUGUGCCUGAUGACAGUCUAGAUUUCCAGGCAAACUGGCCCAUAGCCAUUACCUUCAUCCUCAACGUUCUUGAUGACUCAGAUCCCGUGUUUCGUGCACAGGGCUGCCAUUUGGUCGAGCGGGUCUUGAAUACUGGCCAUGAGAAGGUGUUGAUCAGGUCGGGGCAUGUGGACCUCUUUCUUGAAUCCACAGAAUCGUGCCUCCACUAUUUGCCGAGCCUCACGCCAGCAGAUGUAUCUUUGCAUCUUUUGAGUGCAGCAUACCCGCUACUUUACCGGUUGAUGGAGCUUCGAGAGAAACCUAUAUCGUCUUACACUGCUGUUCUCGAGAAGAACAUACUCAGUUCCAUCUCACACGUUCAAGGAAGGGAAAGCGAAAACGGCGCCAACAGGGUCUUGACAUUUUUGCUCAAACAGGCUGAAAAUCUAAUAAGGCAGCGUCUUGGAGGAGCUGUUCUAGGCGGCUUUCUGAGACUCAACUACACGCUUUGUCAGUUAAUCACGAAUCCAUUUUUGAUUGAUGCCGAUGGCGGAGCAGAGGUCGUUGACCUGGCUCUUCUGGUGCAGAAUGCCAGUGUGGAAGCUUUCAAGGAGGCUCAAGACAAACAGGGAAGGGAACUUUUUGGGUCUCAUAAGUAUGAUCUUCUUGGGUCCUGGAUUGUGCUUCUUCGGCGAGUGGAGAAGUUCAAGGUGGGAACGAAAUCCACGAAAGGCGUUAUUGUGGAGAACAUCAGGGGACUUUCAGACAUAGUGGGGCCUGAACUUCAGCAGGACUACGAGGCAGCGUUGGAACUGAGUCCAGGUACUCUACCAACAUGGGAUGAUCUUUUGAAGUAG